AUGUCAACUAUAAGGUCAUGUGAAGGGAAAGUGCAAUUACCAAAUAACGUAGUGGUAAAAGCAGUAUUUGCCUUUGGAGAUUCAAUUGUUGAUCAAGGAAAUAAUAAUUAUAUUCCAACUAUAGCAAAGUGUAAUUUUCCACCUUAUGGUAAAGACUUCAAUGGUGGUAUUCCUACCGGAAGAUUCUGCAACGGCAAGACGCCACCGGACUUGAUAGUUGAAGAACUGGGGAUAAAAGAGUAUAUACCAGCUUACCUAGAUUCAAAUUUGAGAAAUGAAGAUCUCAAGACUGGAGUAAGCUUUGCAUCUGGUGGUUGUGGAUAUGAUCCUCGAACAUCUACUCUGGCGUUAGCUAUACCUCUAUCAACACAAUUAAAUCAAUUCAAAGAGUAUAUUGGGAAGCUAGAAGGAUUAGUUGGAGAAGAAGAAGCCAACUAUAUUUUAAAAAAUAGCCUAUUUUUAGUGGUUGCUGGAAGUGAUGAUCUUGCAAAUACAUAUUUCACUCUUGAAGUUCGAUUAAAGCAGAAUAUCGACUCAUAUACUGAUCUCAUGGUGUCCAAAGCUACUGAAUUUUUCCAAGAAUUGUACAACUUGGGAGCAAGAAAAAUUGGGAUAUUUGGAAUUCCUCCCAUAGGAUGUUUGCCAUCACAAAGAACAUUAGCUGGUGGGCCAAAUAGAGUAUGUGCCAAGGAAUACAAUGAAGCAGCCCAAUUGGCUAACACAAAAUUCUCAAUUGCCAUUGAUUCACUAUCAAAAAAGUUGGCCCAAUCCAAACUUGUGUUGAUAGAUAUCUAUAAUCCUUUUCUUGAUAUCAUUGUCAACCCUCAAAAAUAUGGAUUAGAAGAAGUAGAGAAAGGGUGUUGUGGCACAGGAAAUAUUGAGGUGACAAUAUUAUGUAAUAAAUUCAGUGGAACAUGUGAAGAUGAUACAAAAUAUUUAUUUUGGGAUAGUUUUCAUCCAACUGAGAAAGGUUAUAGGAUUCUUGUUGAUCAAAUAUUGAAAAAAUAUGUCAAUAGAUUUUUGUAG